AGCGCUUCUCAACUAGAUAAUGAGAUAAAGCAAAUUGUUGAAAGAUUUCAAGAAAAAGAAACAGAACAUACAUGGUCAGGUUUCGAUGAUUCUUUAACCCGUUUGAUUGCUAUAACUCGAGGCGGUGCUGUUCUUUAUGAAAAAAAUUACAUAUUAGGAAUCAAAUCUUUGAGACAGCCAAUAAUAAAUUCGAUAUUGACAGAGAGAACAAAACUUUCUGGAACUGCGACAGAAUUAAUAGAAGAGAUGGCUAAAGCACUUGGAUUAAAGUUUGAUGCAUUGUCGGAAAUUUUUGUACCAUCAAUUAUUAAGUUAUGUACGCGUACAAAAAAAACUUCUCUUAUUCGAGCUCAAAAAUGCAUGAAUACGAUAAUUCGAAUAUGCCACCUUCCAAAUCUUAUCCCAAAAUUUAAGGAAGCAUUGCAACACCAGAGUAAAUCCUUGAGGAAUUGUGCAGCUGAAUGGGUGCGAAUGAGUUUGGAAGCGAAUGAAGUUGGAGAUUUGAAUUAUUAUAUUUCUGAUAUUGAGUGGGCUAUUCGCCAAUGUGCGUCUGACUCAUCAUCAGAGGUUAGAAAUAUUUCAAAACAAAUCUUCGAAAUUUAUAAAUCCAAAUUUGAUCUUAGAUUAGAAAAGUAA